AUGGUAGGCAAAUUCAUGCGCUCCCUUUCCUUCCCCAACAAGAAACCUCCACCUCCUCCAAUCUCCCACCACUUGAGAUCCAUCAGUCUCCCUUCCCGGCCCCACCCGCUCAUCUCCCACCUACGCCGCCAGAUAGACGAGUUGCAUCUCUGGUCCAGUCAGCAGCCAGGUGGCACCAGAUCGUCUGCGUGGCUCUGCGACGGCCUGGCCCGACUCAAGGACGUCCACGACUACCUGGACGACAUCAUCCAGCUCCCCCAGACUCGGGAGUCCCUCUGCCGCCACCCCGAGUGGAUCGACAAUCUUCUGGAAGAUUUCCUCCGCUUCGCGGAUGCGUAUGGAACCUUCCAGAAUGUUAUGUUCGGUAUGAAGGAACUGCACCUCUCCGUCCAGGUGGCGGUGAGGAAGAGGGACGAUUUGAAAGUCGCGAUGUUUCUGAAAUCGAGAAGGAAGUUGUGUGUGGAAAUGGCUAGACUCGUCCGUGCAAUCCAAACUCCGAGAAGAAGCAGCACUUCUCCCGUCGUUUUGGCACCGGAGGCUGUUGAGCUGGCGGGGAUAUUGAGGGAGAUCAUGGAGGUGACCGUGUUGGUAUCGACGGUCGUUUUUAACGGGUUUUCGACGAGGAAAACGACGUCGGGUUGGAUGGAUGGGUUGAGGAAGAGGGCGAGACGGUCGACGAGGGUAAACCUGGAUGAGGAAGUGGGGGUCGAGGAGAUUAGGGAAGUGAGAGCGGAGUGCUUGUUGGGAUUGAAGAGGAAAAGUGAGGAGGAAGUUAGGACGGUUAUGAGACGGAUGCAGAAAAUGGGGGCUUGCAUUUGCGAGAUCGAGAAUGGAGGAGAAAGAGUGUUUAGGAGCUUGAUUAGUACUAGGGUUUCACUUCUUAAUUGUCUAGCUCUCCAGUAA